AUGGUCUUGCCGCGGACUCUGACAACGGCAGCCGUGUUGCUGUCCUCGGUGGGCUCAACCCUGGCCGCCGAGAAGUGCACGGCCGCAACUCCCGACAAGCCCCGCGUUUUCCUCCUCAGCGACAUCGCCAAUGAGCCCGACGACGCGCAGUCUCUGGUCCGACUGCUCGUCUACUCCAAUGAGCUCCGCGUGGAAGGUCUCGUGGCUACGACGAGCGUGUGGUUGAACGACACCACCCGCCCGGAUCAGAUGCACGACAUCGUCGACGCCUACGAGGAGGUGCUGCCCAACCUGGAGAAGCAUGCAUCCGGGUGGCCCGAAGCCAGCUAUCUGAGGAGCCUCAUCACUUCUGGACUGCCUAUCUAUGGGAUGGAUGGUGUCGGUGAGGGCAAGGACAGCGACGGUUCCGAGAGGCUGGUGAAGGCGGUCGAUGCCUCGGACGAACCCCUUUGGAUUCCGGUUUGGGGCGGUGCGUCCGUCCUGGCUCAGGCGCUGUGGCACGUCAACGCGACGAGGUCACAAGACGAGAUUGAUAAGUUCGUCUCGAAGCUGCGCGCCUACAGCAUCUCCGACCAGGACAACACGGGCUCCUGGAUCCGGAGAAACUUCCCACAACUCUUCUUCAUCGCCAGCAUCCACCACUUCAACCGCUACGCCCUGGCUGCUUGGGGAGGAAUCUCGGGUGAGGAGUACUACAACUUCCCUAGUCUCGCCAGCAAGGAUGUUGUGGCGGCCGAUUGGAUCAAGGAGAACAUUCAGAGCGUCAGCGCCCUGGGCGGGAAGUAUCCCGAUGCCGACUUCAUUGUCGAAGGAGACACGCCUUCCUUGCUGUACCUCAUCCCUAACGGUCUGUCGGAUCCCGAGCACCCUGAAUGGGGCUCAUGGGGAGGUCGCUACGGCCCGGUGACAUAUGGCGAGGGACACUUUGCGGACAGCGUGGACGUCAUCAAGGACUCGGGCAAGACCAUCAUGAGCGCCCAGGCGACUGUGUGGAGGUGGCGCGAGGCGUUCCAGAACGACUUCGCCGCGCGUAUGAAGUGGAGCGGCAGCUACGAGUUCUCCGAGGCCCCUCACCCUCCAGUUGUCGUACUCAACGGGGACAAAUCCCGCAGGGUCGUGAAGAUGAUCGUGAAGGAGGAGCAGGAGAUUGGGCUAGAUGCGAGGGAGUCAUGCGAUCCGGACGGAGGAGACCUGACGUACAAGUGGUGGCAGUACCUGGAGCCUUCUUCCAACAACAACAGCCCCGGACGGGAUGUUGGCAGGCUUGAACUUAGCGACACGACCUCGCCCAUCAUCACCGUCACCAUGCCGUCGAAGGAAGUCCUCCGCGCCGAGGGCCGUAACCGCCACCCCAACGAUGACAAGCACUUGCAUCUCAUCCUCGAGGUCUCGGACGGCGCCUUGGUCUCAUACCGCCGCAUCGUCUUCACCAUCCCGGGGCCCAAGCCUGGCGACGCGACUUCGACGGCUGCGAAGGCCGCUGAGAAGACUGAAGCUCAUGAUGAAUUGUGA